AUGAAUAUUCUGGGACCAGCAAUAAACAAAGUAGUAACGACUGUACCAGAAGAAAAGUGGCUAAUGGUUAAUGUGAAUGUGUCACCAUCAACUAUCACAAUUUGUAACCAUAAUAUAUUUAACUUUGAUAAUAUGUUGAAUGUUCUUCUUGUAAGAUAUUUUGGCAUUAUUAUACAUUGUGCCGAUAAUACAUUUAAAUGUCAUGUGUUUCAAUGUGAACCAUCGUGUGUUCAGUUGUGUAAAACGAUUGAAGCUGCUUGUAAAUUACGUUAUCAAAAAUGUAUAGAUGCACAUCCACAAGCCGCAAAACAAAGUGAACAAACAAAAUCGUAUGGUGCACAAAUUAAAAGUCUUGUUGGUUCUUUUUGGUAUGGCAAACAUUAA